CUCCCCCUCGUCAGGACUGUGCAUGUUUGUUUAAAAAUUAAAGGCAAUGUCGGAUAAAAAAUCUGUCUCGACGCCAUUUCAAUGUUGCAGAAUCUUGUUUAAGUUUCUGCUGGUUAUGGUUAUUAUCAGUAAUGUGGCGAUAACUGUAACAGCUUUGACAGAGCAAGAAGGAACCCCAGGUAGGGAAUGGGGUUUGGGGCCUCUGGUGAAGAGAGGAGAAAGAAAAUCAGUAGUUUCAACUGAAAAUGGGGAGGUCUCUUCAGUCAGAGUGGCUGAUGGAAUCGCCGGCUCCUAUCAUCUUCAGUUCAUCACAUUGGAGCCCAAUUCUCUCUUCCUUCCUGUUGUUCUACAUGCAGAUAUGGUCUUCUAUGUCCACACUGGGUCGGGAAGGCUGACUUGGAUGGAUGAAACUGAAGAGAAGUCAGUGGAUUUAAGAAUUGGAGAUGUUUUCAGGCUACCUUUUGGAACUAUUUUCUUCAUAGAGAGCAACUUAGAGCCUGCGCGACAGAAACUUAGAGUUUAUUCCAUCUUUGCCAAUUCAGGGGAUGAUUUGCGCGAGCCAUCGUCCGGACCAUACUCCAGCAUCCGUGAUAUGGUUCUUGGCUUCGAUAGGAAAGUUCUCCAGGCGGCAUUUCAUGUACCGGAGGAUGUGAUAGAUGAAGUGUUGAAUGGGACAGAAGUACCAGCCAUCAUACAUGGUGUGCCCAAGACAACAAAAAAGACCCUGUGGGAAAUGGAGGCUCAAUUCAUGAAAAGCCUACUAGGAAGGGGCGGUCACAAUUUCUUUGACUCCCAAAGCAAUAAAAAGAAGACUGAAUUGUUCAACAUUUUCAAAGAGAAACCAGAUUUUGAGAAUUGCAAUGGCUGGAGCACUGUAAUAACACGGAAAAAAUUACCCGCAUUAAAGGGUUCCCACAUUGGUAUUUAUGUAGUGAACUUGACCAAGGGAUCAAUGAUGGGGCCACACUGGAAUCCAACGGCAACUGAAAUAGGAAUAGCAUUGCAAGGAGAAGGAAUGGUAAGGGUAGUUUGCUCAAGCACUGGAACAGAGCAGGGGUGCAAAAACAUGAGGUUUAAGGUGGAAGAAGGAGAUGUAUUUGCAGUACCAAGGUUUCAUCCUAUGGCUCAAAUGGCUUUCAACAACAACUCAUUUGUCUUUCUUGGGUUUAGUACAACUACAAAGAGACAUCAUCCUCAGUACCUAACAGGGAAGGCUUCAGUCCUCCGAACACUGGAUAGGCAAAUCUUGGUAGCUUCCUUUAAUGUGACUAACACAACAAUGGAUCGGAUUCUGGAGGCACAGGGUGAGUCAGUCAUACUAGAGUGUACAUCUUGUGCUGAAGAAGAAGUGAGAUUAAUGGAGGAAGAAAGGAGGAGGGCAGAGGAGGAAGCUAGAAGAAGGGAAGAAGAGGAGGCGAGGCAGAGGGAGGAAGAAAGGAGGAGGGAAGAAGAGGAAGCUAGAAGGAAGGAAGAGGAAGAAGCAAGGAAGGCUGAAGAAGAAAGAAGAGAGAGAGAGGCAGAAGAAGCAAGAAGACGAGAAGAGGAGGCAGCAAAGGAGAAAGAGGAACAAAGGAGGAGACAAGAGGAAGAAGCCAGGAGAAAGGAAGAGGAGGAAGCCAGGAGGCAAGAAGAAGAAAUCAGGAGGAGACAAGAAGAGGAGGAAGCUAGGAAGAGAGAGGAGGAAGAAGCAGCUAAAAGGCAACAGGAGGAAGCAGCUGAGAGAGAGGCAGAAGAAGCAAGGAGAAGAGAAGAGGAAGAGGCAGCUAGAAGGCAGCAGGAGGAAGAAGCACAAAGGGAGGCAGAGGAAGCAAGAAGGAGAGAGGAAGAAGCAGAGAGGAGGAGGGAGGAGCAAGCGCAGAGAGAGGCGGAGGAAGCAAGGAGAAGAGAAGAGGAAGCAGCAGCUAGGAGGAGACAGGAACAAGAGGAAGCAGAAAGGGAAAGACAAGCAGAGGAAGCCAGGAGGGAGGAAAAGGAAACAAGGAGACAUGAAGAAGAAGAGGAGGAGGAGGAAGCGAGGAGAGGAGAGAGGGGAGAGGAGGAGGAGGAGGAGGAAGGAGGAAGAAGAGAGGAGGAGGAGGCAAGAGAGGCUGAGAGAAGAAGGCAAGAGGAAGCUGAGAGACAGGAAGAAGCAGCUAGGAGACAGGAAGAAGAAAUGGAAAGAAGGCAUCAAGAAGAAGAAGAAACCGAGGAAGAGGAGCAGGGUCCAUAUGCACGGAGGAGGAAAAGAACAUUCCUUAAAACAGCAUGAACAUGACCCGGUUGUCUCCUUGGUGGUGUCAUUCAAAAAAUCGCCAGUAGUUCGUUGAUGUGGUGUUGAGUGCAUACUUUUUCAAUAUAAGCAAUUCUGUGCCUUUUGUUGUUCCAUUUUGAGGCUUAUGUAGUAUAUAUUUGAUCAUGUAAUCGUGAAUAUUUCAAUAAAAGGUAACUUUUCCUUAGAUAA